AUGGCCGUGUCACCACUCACAGUCACUCCGUUUUCGCCUCCGGCUGGCUCGGUCAUUGACUUCGGGGCAGAGAUUCGAGGAGUCGACUUGGAAAAUUUGGAUAAUGAGCAGUUUCAAUUGAUUAGAGGUGCGCUCUAUACGCACCAAGUCGUGGUCUUCAAGAACCAGAAGGGUCUCUCGCCCAAGGCUCAAUAUGAACUGACCAAGCGCUUUGAUCCGGUUUCGGAAAACUAUGGGCACGGAAAGGCCAUCGAUGCAAAGAGAAGCAUUCUGCAUCCCGAUCUCAAAACAGUCCCCCACCAGCCCCAAGUCCAGGUGAUUGGGAACGGAAAGGUUCAGUCAUAUGAGGGCCUUAAGGAUAUUCAGUUGCGCCAUCCUCAUCACCGAACAUUUCAUCAAGAUCAUAUCCCUGAUGACAAGGAUUAUGAUUUCACCCGGUUCUACCGCUGGCACAUCGAUGCUGCUUUGUACGAUUUAUACCCUCCUCAAGUGACAACACUUCUUGCAGUCAAGGUGCCAAAGGGUCGUCGUCAAACACUUUUGUAUGACGAUGGGACAGGGGAAACGCUGGACGUUCCACUUGGAACAACUGCAUUUGUCAGUGGUGAACGGAUGUUUGAGCUUUUAUCGCCCGAGGAUAAGGAGUUCGCCAGAACGAGCAAUGUUGAAUAUGCACCUCAUCCGUAUAUUUGGAUGAGUGCAGCCCGCUCUCGUUCAACCGGACUGGGUAUGCAGUCGGAAGGACUCGAGCUGUCGAACUCGGAGCUGCCACCCAUUGACCCUAGCAAAAUAAUGAUCUUCCCAAUGACCUGGAAGAACCCCGUGACGGGAAAAUUGGCUCUGCAAAUUCACCCGUCCGCCGUCCUCCGGAUUCACUGCGGUGAUGGUACCACGAUCGAUGAUCUGCCCCGAGUUCGGGAAAUUGUUUAUAAGCUUCAGCGACCAGCCAUCAGCCCACAGUAUGUGUAUCCACACGACUGGGCCGAGGAUGACUUGGUGCUGUUUAACAAUCGUGGCGUGCUGCACUCGGUAGUUGGUGCAUUCAAACCAGACGAGGUUCGACUGUUCCGCCAAUGCAACCUGGCGGCUUCCGAACCUCCUGUUGGACCAUAG